GACGAAAGCAUUAAAUGGGAUUAAAAAUGACACGGACGUAGAAUAUGUAAUGUUACCUUGGAGUGAAGUAUGGACUCCCGUCCUUCGUGUUUCGAAUCCACAUUCCGAAAUUAGCAAAAGCCAGAAUGUUGACCGUUCCUAUGAAACUGUUAUAUACAGCAACGAAGGACAGGCAUAUUUUCAGGAGCUGAUGACAACUCGCACCACUUGCGACCUUGACAUGACCUACUAUCCAUUUGAUAUACAGACGUGCCUAAUAAAAAUGUUUAUCGUCGGACAUCUUAAAUUUCAAUUCAGGAUUGAAACUCGCAUAGAAGAUAACAAAUUAAUUGGCGACAAAAGUCAUGGCUCAUGGAUAUUAAUCAAUCGCACUGUUUUGUCUAAUUAUGGUACCAUGACGAUAAAGCUUAUGUUUGAAAGAAGACCAGUGUUUCUACUGAUUAAUAUAUUUAUGCCAAUCAUUGUUCUCGCAUUACUUACACCAGUGGUAUUUAUUUUGCCGAAGAAAUCUGGAGAGCGGGUUGGAUAUUCAAUUACGAUGCUACUUGCCAUUUCAGUAUAUAUGACCAUUGUAAGCGAGCAUUUGCCACACAACUCUCAGCCAAUGCCUCUUAUAUCGGUUAUGAUUUUCAUUUGUUAUAUGCUAGACGCCUUGAUUGUUUUUGUAGUCAUCAUUAAUACAAAGAUAAAUGCGAUGAAAAAUAGGGGACGCAUACCGUAUCUCUUUAGGAAAUUUGUUCUUCUGACUCGAAAGCUUUUAGCUAUAUUGAAAUGUGAGAAAAUCCAUACUAAGCCCAAGGAUGAUUCUAUAGAUGCACAGGACAAAGACUCUGGUAGUGAAACAUUAAUCGAGUUACAGAACAACAUUGAACAAUCUAUUGAUUUAAAAAGACCAAAUGAAAAACACGACAUCACGUGGCAAGAUCUUAGCAAUACAAUUGACAAAUGGUGUUUUGUGAUAAGUUACUUAUGCAAAAUUUUGCUCCCUGUUAUUUUCUUUUCAAUAUGUAAGACAAAUAGUAGAUAAAAACUGACUGAUAUAAUAUUGUUCUUGAAGAAAGCAUACUAUAUUUUUUGGCUUAAUUUUACGGGGGGUGGGGGGCACCAAUCAGUUUUAAUCAUAUGACGCCGACACUUGAAAUAUGAUUUUGACUAACCUCGGGUGCUACGGACUUUUGGUCAAACCUACCACGCCUGCCGGAGCUAAGUGAUACCUAUACUCAGUAAUUCGAACCCAUCUGGUCGCCUUUAACGAACAGUUGCUGCGAUUCUAAUGCGUCAUCCCCUCAACCACACGUUGCUAAUAUAAAUUAGAAUUAAACCGUACAUACCACUUAUAUUGGAAGUCAUGUAGAAAAAGGAGGAAAUGAAGAAUUAGAUGUUUUAGCUAAACAAUAAUUAAAUUUUCAAAAAACUGACUUAUUGUUACCUGCUUCUGAUUUCUGAUCGGCUAUAAAUAAACUCGUAUCAUCUGAAUGAAAAGCAAAUUGGGACGGGACAAUGCCGUUUUUAAUAAACUUCACGAUGUAAACCCAUCUCUUGAUGUGUUAGCAUCUCUAUCCCGGUCAAACCGCAAUGAUCAAACAGUUCUUCUUCGAUGCCGAAUUGGACACACUAAAAUUACCCACUAUUUAUCUCAUCACGAAUGACAAUGCCCCUUUCUGUGUAGCUUGUAAUGAAAAUUUUACUGUCAAGCAUUUUCUUCUUGAAUGUCAUUUUUCACAGGCCCGUAAUAGAUUUUAUUGUGUAAAUUUACUCAAAGAACUCUUUAAUACAAUUCCAUCAAAAAACAUCCUUGAUAAUUUGAAAGAGAUAAAUUUGUAUUCUAGGAUCUAAUUGGCUCAUUUUUAUUGUCAUUUACAAAAUUUUACAUAACAUUUUAAAUUUAAUAUAGCAUUCGGCACGAUUUGGCCAGUUAUGUGUUGACGUGCCGUAAAAAUAAAAAAAAAAUCCUUUAUACAGUAGGGUUGGUUCUAAAGCUGUUACAAAAUCAUUUGGUCACCCCCUAAAUAAGAAAGUAUCUAUAUAAGAUCGUGGUCUUUGCUCGCCGGUAAAUUUAUUUUAAAUUUAAGUACUUCAUUUUCCUUUUCUCAAUAUAUACAUAAAGUGUAUGUUAACUUCUCUGCUUUCCUUGAUCAUUAUUGUUGUAGGAACAAAUCGCACUAAAGUUUGUUUCCAGAUUUUAAGAUAUCAUAGUGUUUAAUUUGCCAAUAAUUUAAAAUCAUAGAUGAUAAUUAUGUAUAUUUGUUUAACAAAGAAUGACUAAAGUUACAUGGUUAGGGGCCAGUUACACAGACGGUCGGUCCCAAAUCGGUCAUUUAAUUUUAAAUUUACUCGCUGUUAUGAUCGGUUGUUAUGCGUGAUUUUUUUCUGGUUUUCUGUGUAAACGGCCAUCGGUGACAGAAAGCAAACUCAAACGGGGUUGGGUCGAUGAUUAAAAUGCUGAAAUACUAUCGGUUUUCAUCGUUUGUAAAUCGGAGCUAAAUCUGGCCUAACGCUGAUUAAUCGGUGUUUGAUAGCUAGUCAUCACUGGUUAAACACUUUCCGUCAGAUAUGGCCGGUGAUUCAUAUUUGGUUAUCUUUGUCCGAUCGGCGAUAUCGGUGAUAAAGAGCUUGCAUAUAGGUUGCUGUCGGUUAUUUGUAAAAUAUUUUCACCGAUUGAGAAUUUUAACCAUGUUUAAAAUUCCCAAUCGGUAAUUUUUCACCGAUGCAACUUAUUUUUCCCCAAUAGCAGUUGAUAGGUGGAAAACAGGUGACCAAUAGGUGAUAUCGGUGUUAAAUACGUUGUCAUCGGUUCACUACAUAAUUUGGCUAAAAAAACUACCGAUGGCUCUGUGUAACUGGUGUGUUAGACAAGGAUUUUGAUGAUUUAUUUUAUGUAUAACUUUGAACUGUAUGGCUUAUUUUGUUAUUAAAGGUUUUAUAAUAAAAAGUGUGAUUAUCUUUA